CCCGAGAUUUAGCAAAUGAAUCCAAACACACGUGCCAAGAACAUUUCACUGCCAAAGUGGCCAAUUGAAAGCACACGAUCGAGCGUGGAUAGGGCAUGGUAAAUGACGCUCUGCCCGUCUACCAAGCCACCGGAUGUCUGGUUCCCCGCAGUCUUUACGCACGGAGAGCGCACGGAGAGUUUGCAAGCACGCAUGGGGAUCCCUCCCUCUCAGGCUGUCCGUGGCCUCCUCGCCCCGGCCGGCAGUUACAAGACUCAGAGUAACCCUCCCGAUCCCCCGUUUCCCUCUCCCUACCAUUCCUCUGAAGAAAAGACCCGGCAUUACGUCAGAAAGUGCUAGGCAAGCAAGACCGCGUCUUAGGAGCUAUUCGUAGGCAUUGCUGCCAAACCCGGCUUCGGACUGCUCACGCGCUCACUGCAGCCAAUGCAAUUCACUAAUGCAACUCUUUUAAAAACAGCACAAGUAUGUGGCACAAUUGCGCAGAACAACUGGUGUCGGCAGAGUAACGAUAAAGAGUCGGCUGUUUUACCCUUUUACUGAAAAGACCAUGACAUGAUGAAGCAACGGAUGUUUUUUACGCACAGAGAUUUCUGCAGCAUUUUUUUGUCUUUGAUUCUUUGCUGAUCUCAAAGACAACAUGCCCCACGCUCGAAAUAGGAACCCUAGCCCCAUCCCAGAGGUAACAUGGGACACAGGACUGAAGGAGAUGAACGAGACCUGGAAAGGAGCUAUUGCCUGUCUCGGGGUGGCCAUCUUCUUUGUCAUGACCAUCGGGAUCAUAUAUUGGCAGGUGGUGGACCAGCCCAACAAGAACUGGAUCCUUAGGGGGACAUUUAGCGGAUUGAUCUGGGAGAGAAGAACCCGCUCGCUUGUCAUACAGACCCUAACGGAGGACAAGACCUUUGUGGAAAUAGACGUCGGAAAUGUGGGGAACCCCGAAAUCGAGGUUUCCUUCGUGAGGAAUAUGUGCUGGUUGAAUAAAACGGAGUUCUGCUAUACGUGGGACUCUGUGGCCGAGGUGAAGAUCUCGCUGGAGGUGAAUGAGGAGACGGAGACGGAGUGUUACAGUAUGACUUGGACGCCGGUGCACUGCCAUGUGGAGCUGAAGGACUGCUUCUCCAUGACCAACGUGUCAUGGUACGGCGGAGCCGGCGUCCGGGGCCAGACCUGGCCCAUCAACGAUCAGAACGCCACCACGCAGCCCUUCGUCGUGAGCGAUCUCAAGGACAAUCCCUCCGGCUUUGGCUCGGCCCUGGAACGCUACUUCCUGGGCUCCUCAGGCGUUGCCGUGUUUGUGUCUCCCGACGUUCCCCUGCAGCUGGGGAUGGACAGCAGACAGCAGUUCUGCCUGCAGUCGCUCCCCAGUUUGGAGCGUCUCCCUCUGCAGUACACCGUGUGCGUGGCCCGCGACGUCAAAGCCGCUCACCAGGAGGCAGCGCAGCAACUCUCCCGCCACAGCAGGGAGCUGCCCAACAUGGACGUGCUGUGGCUGCCGUUCUGGAAGCUGCUCGCGUACGUGGAUUCGGGGCCGAAGGUGGAGAGGGAGCUGAGGACCUUCUCUAAUCGUCUGAAGAGACACCAGCUUGGGGAGGGAGUCAUCAGCCUCAAUGAACAUUCCACCACCCUCCUCUCCGACAUGGACCACGACUACCUCAAAAGCAGGAAAAGGGGGAUGACCAAGAGACUGACCAGGGACCUCCCACUUGUCAAGCUUCUCAACAUUUCCAUCACUCUGUCCCCUUUCCUGGGCGUGGACACCACACAGUUCCACGCCUCCCUCUUGGACGGCACCCAGGCCUACUGGCUCGGUCUCCCCUCGGCCCCUCAGGGACACCUGAUCCCCGUGAUGAGUCAGUGGCGAGGAAAGUUCUGCGUCAAGCUGAACGUCACCAACCCCGGAGCGGUGAGCUGGUUCCUGGACAGGGUGGGAGCCCUGCAGGCCCAUCUGGGGAUGGAGUACGUCAUGCUGGAGGGGGGCGAGGGGAAUCUGUUUGAGGAGCAAGUCCUGCGUCCGCCGCAGACUCUCGGGGGAGACGAGUACAUCGGCCUGCUGGCCGACCUGGCCACACGGAUCGGAGACUCCACCAUUGUGACGGCGGGGACACGCUCAAACCACAAGCCUCUGUUCGUGAGGAUGACCCCCAUGCAGUCAGACUGGAGCCCAAUGGGCCUGAAGGGCGUCAUUCCCUCCCUGCUGCACCACACUCUGCUGGGAUACAACUUCCUCAUUCCUGAUGCAGUAGGUGGCUCUCUGUCUGGAAACCUCGUCACGGAUGAGGAGUUGUUCAUUCGUUGGCUGGAGAUCGCUGCUUUCCUCCCUGUUAUCAGCUUCCACACGCCGCCCUGGGUCUAUGACGAGGACUGGGUGUUGAACCUGACGCGGGCCUACAUAGCGAAGCACCAGAGCGACGUGGUCCCGCUGAUAGAAAAGUACGCGCAGGAGUGGCGGACGACGAGGAGCCCCGUCUACCGGCCCGUGUGGUGGCUCAGCCCCAGCGACCCCGUGACCUUCACCAUCGACGACCAGUUCCUCAUCGGCGACGAGGUCCUGGUGGCCCCGGUGGUGGAGAAGGGGGCGGUGCAGAGGGAUAUUUACCUACCCGACGGGGGCUUCCAGUGGCAGGACAGCCAGAACGCUCGGGUGUUCGACGGGGGGACGUUCCUCCGGGACUACCCGGUGCCCUUGGAGGAGGUGGCGGUUUUCUUACGGAGGAGCUGAGGUCACGUGACCCGACGAGUCACCCCCGUUGCGGUUUUUCAAUCAGAUUCUUUUGUUUCGUUUUGUUGUCGUGCUGUUGUCAAAUUGCACUUUUCCACUGAAGACCAUUGACCUUGUCUCGAGGCUUGAGAUGAUAUGUAGAAAGAUGUUUUUUUAUACUUGCACUUUACAGUUCAAAAUGAUUUUCUUCUUCUUCUUCUUUCUGUGAACAUUUCUUUCUUUCUUUUUUUUUUUUUAAAUGAUCAGUUUUUACCUCUAGGCUGAUUUGCUUCUGGACUUUAAAAAACAUUUUUUGCUUCGUCUGUAAAAAAAAAACCUGCGUUUACACACUGCAUUUCUACAGUCUUUACAUUUUGGACCGCCUGCUGGCCUCUCUUGAUGAUGAGGAGGAACAAAGCAAGCCCCCCCUUUGCUUAAAAUGAAUCCCUCAAGGAGAACGAAUCACAGAGAGCUCCGCAGAGAGGCUUUUACUUGAACUUAUCAGGCCAACGGGCUGAUGUUUAAUGAAUGUACCUCCUCUACGGUCAUCACACACAACAAACUAUCCCCCUAAAGCACUUAUUCUUUAGAGUUUAGCUCCAUGUAUCGUGUUUGUUGGACAAUUCAGACUGUCCUUUAGUACUGUAGGCCGGAUGAGCCAAUGUAAUUGGCACUCUGGCUAUAUUUGAGUUUAGAUAGAUGCUACGAUUUGUAUUAAGCUGCUGUGCUGAGGGCUUUUAAAUAGGGCUGCACUUCUUUUUACCAAGUCUGUCUGAUGUUGAGUUAUCAAUGGUCUAAGUCAGGGGCAAACGGAGUUCUGAAGAAAGCCUUGUAGACAAUGCCACAGGUCAAAAUGAGACGUCUAAUCGGACAGUUUGACACAUAGAGAAACGCACCGGUUUGAUUACCUGCAGAUAGUCGUCAGGUGAGAAGACUGACAGCUGCACUGCUGUCACGUCUGUGAAUGAGUAAAUAUCAAGGGAGCCGCUUGGCUUAGCAGCAGUGUUCAAAAUGGAAACACGGGGGAACGGCUACUCUGGUCCAGAGCUGACAAAAUCACACUCAAUAAUUAGAAACUUAUAUUUCUUGAACGCGUAUAAAAAAAUAAAAAAAAAAGAAUGGGGACUUUAGGAGGGACGGACUUUUUCUUGGACAGAAGCGGUGACUGUUUUCUCUCGGGAAGGCUUUCUAUUAAUCGCACAGAUACAAGAGAUACAGAUACACAGAUACAAGAGAUACAGAUACACAGAUACAAGAGAUACAGAUACACAGAUACAAGAGUGGCAUCAAUACAAGGAAGCAAAUAGAUGCAUUUCCCCAAAUGACUAACUACACCUCAAUAAAAGACAAAAAUACAUAAAUAGGAUGCAUUCGUAUGUAUGACGUCUUACAGUGGUCAUUUAAUUUAACCACAAUUGAAUCCCAGAUCAUUGAAUAAAAGGACACAGGGGUGUGGUGGCCACUUCACAUGAACCUUGAUAAGUUACGUGGUCACAUUUGCAUCCAUCACGGAUUACUUGUGGAAAAUAUUACUUUUUUUUUCGUGCUUUAAACUAACUGUAAAUGAGAUAACUGCUUUUCUAAGAGUAAAUAUAAACUAGGCCAUGGAGAAACCCCCAUGACGCCGCCUUGCUCUAUGUAGAGUUAAAUAGUUGCCUUCUCUUUUCACCAGAUAAUCUUAAGUGGCCGGCCGUGAUGAGGCAGACCCUGAAACCUUUAGUGAAUGCUUUUACCACUAAACGAACUGUGUGAUUUUGAUCCAACACGUUCACCGGAUCAACUUGAACACUCAGGUACACCUAUAAGCUUAUCAAAAAUCACCAAAUGUCUUAGUGCAACACAGUAUGUUGUGAACACAUCUACGUCUUAAUCUCUCCACAAAAAACUGAAUGUACAAUAGAGAAACUGUGAUUUCACAACAGAGCCCUUCACGCGAGGAGCUUUUCUAAAUCCUGGUCGAAUGCUUUGAAUUCAUGCUGUUCUUAUGUUCCCUUACAGGUUGCAGAAAGAAAAAAAAAAGUGUUAUUGUGUUAUUCCUUCCCUCCAUAGACUGAGCAAAUCAUGCUCCUCAAUAUGCCACUCUUAAAUCUGGACUACGUGCAUGUCUGGAUUAUUGCAGUAUCCGCAAUGUACAUAAUACGAUGACUGUGCCAUUACAAGUGUUUUUCUCAUCUCUAAAUCAGAGAACUUAGAAUGAUAAAGUCGCAAUAAAGUUUACAUUUUCUUACUUCA